AAGGAGCUUUGCUUGUGAAGAGAGAAGAAAUGGCAGAAACAGAGAUUCUUGAGCCCUAUCAACUGUCGUUCUCGGAUCUUCUUUUGUCCUCUCGUAAUCGCUCUCAAUGGAUCUCGAAAAAUGUGAUGGACGCUCUUGGCCCCACCGGUCCUGGUCUCCUUUGUAUCACCGGCGUUCUUGGCUCCGCCUUUCUCCGCCGUAAACUCCUUCCUAUGGCUCGGAAGCUGGCUCUGCUCGAUCCGGACAAGCGGAAACUCAUUCUCAUGGUAACCCCCCGGCAAUUUUUCAAGAUUUCCAUUAAUCCAAGUUGUAUAUCUGGUGCUUUGUUCUCAAGAUUGAAACUUUGAGUAGUGUUAGUUGGUUCAUGAGUGUUACUGAUUCGGUGUGUUUACUGCCAAAAGGAGCACCACUUGGGUAGCGACGUUCCUCUCAAGAAUCCAGAACGAGAUGUCUCCUCUUUUGCAAUGCAGCUCAAUUAUGAAAGAACAACUUAUAAAUCCUCACUGGGAAAGCUGUGGUUCGAUGAGGCUGGAUCAAAACUGGACUUGCAGGAGGAUGAUGAUGAUGCUUUCACAAAUCUUGGUGGUGCUUUUAAAGAACUCGGGUUCUGCAUGAGGGAGUUGGGCUUGUCCAUAGCUCGUCUAUGCGACAGGGAGAUUGGCGGAGGCUUGCUGGAGGAGAGCUUACUGGAUUCUUGCACAGCCAAAGGACGUCUCAUACAUUACCACUCCGCUGCUGAUAAAUAUGCUCUCAGAGAAUCCCAGAGGAGAAACCAAUCUGGUAACCGAGUAUCAAGCAAGAGGAGAGUCCAGAACGCUGCUGAGCAAGAGCUGAACCGUAGAAAUGGAGCUGGUUUGAGUGGGAGUCACUUCAAUCUGUGGCAGCAGUGGCAUUACGAUUAUGGCAUCUUUACUGUUCUCACGGAUCCUAUGUUUCUAUCGCCGUAUUCCUAUCAGGAAUUCAGUUUGAUGAGCAGCCAUUCUUACCUGCAGAUCUAUCAUCCCAGCAAGAACAAGUUCUACAUGGUCAAGACUCCACAAGACAGUUUUUUGGUCCAAAUCGGAGAAUCUGCUGAUAUUUUGUCCAAAGGGAAGCUACGGUCGACCCUUCACUGUGUGUGCAAACCAGAGAAGCUGGAUCACGUAAGCCGUGAGACAUUUGUUGUCUUCUUGCACCCAAAGUGGAGCCAAACUUUCUCAGUCUCAGAAUAUACAAUGGAACAUCUAAGGUCGGAUGAGGUCGUCCCUAGACCAGAUUUACAGAAUAUUGUUCCACCUCUAUCGUCUCGGUUAAGGGAUGGGAUGACUUUUGCCGAGUUUUCACGUGAAACGACAAAGCAGUACUACGGAGGGAAUGGUUUGCAAUCUAAUAGAUAGCCGUGCCCCAGGUUAAUAGCUUGUCUAAUCUUUAGGUAGUUAAAUUCAAAAUAAUCUUUAGGUAAUGAGUAGUGGAAGGCAAGAGGAAUGAGCCAAGAGGGUUAGUUGUAAAAGAGAUUAGAUUAAAGGGAGAGUUGGGAUUCGUUAUGUGUACUUCGAUGUUGGAGCCAAAACAACAGUGAAAGCUGUUACAUCGUUUUCACAGUCAAAAGCUCUCCCUUUCAAACAUGCUUUUUGGUUGUGGUUGCUCUUCUUUAGUCUCUCUCUGUGACUCAGUUUAUGUUCCUGUUGUGUCUCCCCUGUUGCUGUUCCAAACUUACAUCUCUUUGUUUGCUUUCAAGCGUCGCAUUAAGACAAAAGUGGUGUUAUUAAAGUAAAAGCUGCCUCUCUCCCUACACACAGAUUGAUUCCUUUAGGGAAUCAAUCAUCUUUUCUUUGACACUUUUGAUUUAUAGUUUUUUUUCAUGAAUGGUUUUUUG